GUUUGUUGUUCAAUGUUCACACACCAUCAGUGUUUACUGGCAGUUCAUAUUAUAUUAUACAUUUUUGGUUUUUGGAAUAGGAUUGAAAAUAAUAAGAGUUAAUUUACCUAUUGUGAAUUAAUUUAACAAAUAUUAUUAUUUAGUUAAUACCUAACCGUGUACACUUACGAUUAUGCCGCGGCAAAAUGCGUCUCCACGAGUCAGUCGUCGUAAUAAAAGAAAACUGCACAUUGACUAUUUGAAUGAAACAUCAUUAGAGCGUGAUGUAGAUUUGUGUGAAGAUUUAUCUAUCGACGUGACUAAUGAUUCCCAAACAUCGUUGGAAGGUCACAGAGACCUGUUUGGUGAGCUGAUACCUGAAGAGUGUGUUAGUGACAAAGUGGUUCAAAACAAAUCAAUAAGGAAGACACCAGGCUCAAAAAAAAAGAAAUUACCUCAUGAAGAAUUAUUAUUUGACACUCCACCAAGACCCAACUCCUUGAUGGAUGCCAGUGCGAGGUCAAGUAAUGUUUCAAUUGCAUCAACCGACAGCCUCAAUGUAAGCGGGGUUGAACGCUUACAAGACAGCCCCGUAACAACCGGAAAAAACGAGUCUAAAAUACAUAUCAAAGAAGAAGAUAAUGAACAGAAAUCGUCUAAAGUUCUUGAAGGAGUUAUUGGAUUCGUUGAUUAUAAAAUCGACAGUGAACACAAUAAAAAAUACGUUAGUCGAUUUCUUACUGAUUUGGGUGCUAAAGUCGCAAAAACAUUCAAUCGAAAAGUUACCCAUGUAAUAUUUUGUGAUGGCAGCCGUAGCACGUAUAAAAAAGCAGUUGAGCGUGACAUUCCACUAGUUUCAGCAAUGUGGAUACACUACAGCAAAUUAUCUAAUAAGAUUCAGGAUCCAGCUGACUAUCCUCCUGUAGGUAUGGAUAAAUACACUACAACGCCAUCAAGGAAAAUUAUUAUUCCAGUAAGUAAUUUUCAGUGA